UACAAUGUUUAAGUGCAGGAGUAUUUAUUUAUAUAACAUUUAUUGAUAUGAUUUAUGAUGAUUUGAUUAAAAGAAAAUCUUAUCCAUUUGCUAAUAUAAUUUUGAUUUUUGGUGGAUUUUUUAUCAUUGUUUUAACUAGUUUACGGCAUGAACAUGCGCAUUAAAAUCUUUUUUCUUUGAACAUAUUGAUGUUUUAUUCAUAAAAAAAAAAAAAGUAAAAUUUUUUUCUUCUCUUUUCAAGUUGUUUGAAGAGGAGAAAGUCAUUGUAUGUGUGUGGGGUGAGAAAGAAAAAGAAAGAGUGUGCAUGUUUAUAUUAGUGAGAGAAACAUAGAGACUGUGUGUGUAGUCAUGGCCAAUUUACUUCGAAAAGGGUAGAAAAAAGUUUUUUUUGCUAAAUUUUAUGUAUAUUUUAAAUGAACUAUAUCUAGAAAUCGAACUGAACCAGCUGCACCACCAGCUCCAGCACGUGCGCCACCAGCAGCUACCGGUGGUACUAGUACAAAAAAGCUUGAUGAUGGAGCAUUUACUCCAUGGGAUUUAGCACAGAUUUGGAUUGAAAGUGUUUCAAAAGAAGACUCAAGCCGAAAACAAUGGGAACAAAUGCACAGUUGGAUGGCUGAAUAUGAUCCAAAAGGAAAUCUAAAACCAAGAAAACCUCCAUUAGAAAAUUCAACACGUUUUUCAAAUACGGUUCCUAAUUCUCGUGGUCAUGACUAUGGUUGGCGUUUACAAACUGGUUCAGGACAAGAAAUUCAAAAUUUACAAACACGUUUUGAUGAUCAUCAUAAAAAACGUGUACCAAAAGAAAUACUUGGCUAUGAUUAA